AUGGAUUGGUUGUCUAAGCAUCAGGCGGAAAUCCUCUGCAAGGAGAAAAUCGUGCAUAUUCCUCUCCUUAACGGAGAAUCUUUAUCGGUUCAGGGUCAUCGUAGUGGUGCUAUGGCUUGUAUUAUCUCAGCGAUGAAGGCUCAGAAGUGUCUGCGUAAGGGCUACCCUGCUAUUUUAGCUCUUGUUACUGACUCGCAGUCUGAUGAGAGAAGGAUCGAGGACCUUCCAGUUGUUCGUGAGUUUCCUGACGUGUUUCCUCAAGAACUCCCUGCUGAUGCCCUUAGCCGAAAGGAGACGAAGCCUAAGCGUGUUCGCGCUCUACAGCUUACUAUUCACUCUGGUUUACCUGCUCAGAUUCGUUCCGCUCAGAUCGAGGCAUUGAAAGAAGAAAACAUCAAGGCUGGAUACUUGCAGGGCAUGGAAAAGCGAUUGGUGGUGAGAUCUGACGGCAUUCAUUACUUUAGGGAGCGGGUAUGGGUUCCUCUAUAUGGUAAUCUUCGAGAGCUUGUGAUGGACGAAGCGCACAAGUCUCGGUAUUAUGUUCACCCGGGCUCAGACAAAAUGUAUCAGGACCUCAGGGUCAUGUAUUGGUGGCCAAAGAUGAAGGCUCACAUAGCGACGUAUGUGAGUAAGUGUUUGUCUUGUGCUAAAGUCAAAGUGGAGUAUCAGAAACCCUCAGGUCUACUUCAGAAGCCAGAGAUACCCACGUGGAAAUGGGAGUAG